UCGGAUGCUCGUAUCGGACUCGCGGAACGCGUUGGCGUGCGUUCGUGCCAUUCGUUUAUGUCAUGGGGUUUUUCCACUGACAUUUUCUUAUUUGUAUGGCAGGAAAAUUCUGGCUUCGCGUAGUCGUACAAUCGUCGGCACACGACCACAACCAUUCGGAAAACCCGCAGCAGGAACAACCUUCCGUUCAAUGAAUAGUUUACAGCGUUACAGUGCUUUCGUUGUCCAACGUGAUUGGAGGCUGUUUAAAUAGGUUCAAUGUUUAGUUGAAAAUUUUGCGUAGUAUCUUAUUACUUUACACCUAGCAAACGAUACAAAACAGUAGAAAGGUUUUUCAUUCAGGCAACUCGGGCUUUCCCGAACAACAAAAAAAACCUCACUCUCCCCGCCGUUCUGCAGAAAGGGGGUUUUUUCCAGCUCUGUGUGGGAAGUGCUUCUUUGUGCGCAACGAACAGAAACCAUAUUGCGAUUGAAAAGUUUGAAGCUUAAAUACGCAUUGGGACGAUUUCUCUCCACUAGAGAGCCCCAUUCAUCAUGGCUCCUACGAACUGGCUGUGGUUGGGAAAUGUGUUUUUCCUAUCACUCCCGCUGGCGAUACUGGGAAUCGAUCUAAGUAGGCUUUACGGUCAUCUGCCAGCUGUUUCGAAGCGUAAUGAGGCUUGUCAUCCAUACGAACCGUUCAAAUGUCCUGGUGAUGGAAACUGUAUUUCCAUACAGUACCUUUGUGACGGUGCGCCAGAUUGCUCCGAUGGAUACGACGAAGAUAUGCGUCUUUGUACAGCGGCGAAGCGUCCACCAGUAGAAGAAACAGCGUCAUUCCUGCAAAGUCUGCUGGCAUCCCACGGUCCUAACUAUCUGGAAAAAUUGUUUGGUAGCAAAGCGCGUGACGCACUGGCACCACUCGGCGGUGUGGAGAAGGUGGCCAUCGCCCUCAGUGAAUCGCAAACCAUCGAAGAUUUUGGGGCUGCUCUUCAUCUGAUGAGGUCUGACCUCGAGCAUUUACGAUCGGUUUUCAUGGCAGUGGAGAACGGUGAUCUGGGCAUGUUGAAAUCGAUCGGUAUCAAAGAUUCGGAGCUGGGUGACGUAAAGUUUUUCCUAGAGAAACUCGUCAACACUGGCUUCCUAGACUGAGUAUCGUCCGAGCUGCCGUAUAGCAGUAGCUUCUAUUAUUUUGUACCAUUAACACCGCAGAUCUAUUCUUACCUAGGCUCACCAGAAGGUUUCACCUACUAAGCUACCACACAUUGCAAUUUAUGUAACACUGGUCAUUGAAAUGACAUAUACGCUAUAUAUGUUAACGAAAUUAAUGCGACAAAAAAUUGGAGCUAUUCAAAAGUAUCUGGACAAUCGCUCUUCAGGCCUCCUCCGUUGAAAGCAACCGUUCCAUGCAAUGUUUAGUAAAGGAUUAGAAAGAGGAGUAGAGCCUACCGUAACGACUGAGGGUUGGAAAAUGAAUAUACGAACAAAUACCAAUUGGUUUUGACUGCUCCUUUACUUAGCAAUAGGAGAAUGGAAUAGCAACUAUUCUUUUUCGCCAAGUGACAGUAGUUAAACCAAUUGUUACAAAAAAAAAACCCUGACACAAAUCAUGGCCCAAUGCUUCAAUCGUUAACCGAAGCCUCUACUAGAGUUCGAUGGAUUUUUGGCUUCAAUGAAGCAUAUUGUUGCAGUUAGAUUGGAAGCUAGCAUACAAACAACUACAUCAGUGAUAUUUGAUCACGUAUAGUAACUUCUUUAAGAGGAACUGAAAGACAAGAAAUGCGUAUGGCGAUUAUCAACCAUCAAAGACGGUUGCUCUGUCAGCAGCGAGCGCACAACAAAUGAACUAGCAUUGGGUGACCAACGGAAUCAAUUCACGUCCAUUAGCUUAUUUAAGGUAUAUUUUUCCCGCUGUUUUUCAAAGGUAGUAUUUCCGUUUCUUCUUUUCGUACAAUUCGAGAUGCUCGAAUGUGUCGAACGCGUCAUAAAGUGACAAAAAGCAGGGGAAUAGGGAGGAAGAAUCCUACAAACGAAGUGCAAUCGAUUAAAUCAAGUGAGGAUACAGAGUACAGAAUCAUAAAAUACAUAUCAUUAUAUUUAUAGAGCCCGUGCAUGCUUAUACACUAUACAUUAUACACGUAUACACAAGUCGAAAUGAUCACACAGUUCUGUGUGAGUGUGUGUGCCAGUGUGCUAAUUACCUUACCAAUGCCAGAAUCUUACGAACAAUGCACACAACAAAUCAAACAUAUCAACCAACGAUGAUAAAACCGCCGGUGGAUAGAUGUACCUUAUGUAUCAUGUAAUACGCUGACGCAGAGAGAUUAUGGCACGCAACAAAUGAUGGGAAGAAUGGAUGUUAGUACGUGGUUGUCACCACACCCUGUGCAUUGUGGCACGUAAGCAGAAUGGGCAACGCAGGGAAUCUGCACUUCAAAACGAAAAAAAUGUGCAAGUGCGAGAGUAACGCGGAAGACAAUUCAUGGAUGCAAGUAAUGUUUAGAGCAAACCCGAAGACAUAUCAAUUUUUUUACGGAAAAAAAUACCUUACCAUCAACAUAACGAUCACUACCGAGCUGUUAUAGAGAACUGAUUUUUGAAGAAAUUGUAUAACCCUAUAAAUUUUACACUUUCUUACCAGUAAACACAAUCACAUGCAUCUCAUUCACAUAUAUUUACCGCAGUAGCUCACGAAAGAUCACAUCAAAGUUAUAUAGGUAUAUACAUAGCUCACGUAAUUUACUCACUCACAAGCCACACUCUACAUACCACUGCUAUUCGCCAUCCAUUAGACCAUUUUAUUCCAUCAUAAAUGAACACAAACAAAAAAACUGAUAAAAUGUAUGUAAAAUGUAACAAUCAUUGAUUGAAAUUAUCCAGGUGAACGAGGCAUGUACUUCCUGCUGUUGAUUGUUCAACUGCUGGAUAGCAAUGCAUGAGUACAACAAAUAAUCAGCAAGAAAGCCACAUGCAACUGUGAAUCGUGCUAGGCUCAGCAUAAGAAAAGAACGAAAAUAUAUCUAUACCGGUAUCUUGUGUCAA